AUGCGUGAACAUUGCCAUCCAGUGCUGUUAGUACCAGUCGAGAUCGAUUGCCGUGGCGUCAGUGAUCAACAGGCGAAACGUGGCGGGUCUGUGCUGAAUUUUGGCUUGACCAGCCGCUUGGCGCCAGCCAGCCGUGCUCCUCAGGUUUACCUCAGGGCCAAGCCUGAGCACUCGGAUGCUGCCCCACAGGAUGCGGAGGAGCACUUUGACACCUUCAUGGAAUGGAUGCGCACCGGUGUCCGGGUGUUUGGUGGUGCAGCCUUUGUGCUGGUGGCCCUGCUGAGUCCUGUUGCGCCAGCGCUGAAGCCAGCGCAGGCCGAGGAGGUUGAGGUGGUUCAGGCAGCAGCACAAAAGAGAAGAGAGGAGCAAGAAAAGGCGCGCCAGGAGGCCAUUGCCAAACGGCAAGAAGCGGAUCAGCGCCGAAAGGAAGAAGCUGAGAAACGCAAAGCUGAGGCUGAGAAGGUUCGAGCAGAGGCGGAGGCCAGGAGAAAGGAGGCUGAAGAAAAGCGAAAAGCCGAGGCCGAAGCCAAAAAGCAGGAGGCAGAAGCCAAGCGAAAGGAAGCUGAAGAAAAGAAAAGGGCCGAGGAUGAGAAGCGAAAGGCUGAAGCCGAAGCUAAAAAGCAGGAGGCAGACGCCAAGCGAAAGGAAGCUGAAGAAAAGAAAAGGGCCGAGGAUGAGAAGCGAAAGGCUGAAGCCGAAGCUAAAAAGCAAGAGGCAGAAGCCAAGAGAAAGGCGGCGGAGGAGGAGAGAAAGGCUGCAGAGGCCAAGAAGAAGGAGGAGGCCGAAAAGGCACGAGCCGGGGCCGAGGCCAAAAAGAAGGCUGCCGAGGAGGAGAGAAAGGCUGCAGAGGCCAAGAAGAAGGAGGAGGCCGAAAAGGCACGAGCUGAGGCUGAUGCCAAGAGAAAGGCGGCUGACGAGGAGAGAAAGGUUGCAGAGGCCAAGAAGAAGGAAGAGGCUGAAAAGGCACGAGCGGAGGCGGAGGCCAAGAAGAAGGCGGCAGAGGACGAAAGAAAGGCUGCAGAAGCUAAGAAGAAGGAGGAAGCCGAAAAGGCACGAGCUGAGGCUGAUGCCAAGAGAAAGGCGGCUGAGGAGGAAAGAAAGGCUGCCGAGGCCAAGAAGAAGGAGGAAGCUGACAAGGCACGCGCCGAGGCCGAGGCCAAGAAGAAAGCGGCCGAAGAGGAAAGAAAGGCUGCAGAGGCAAAGAAGAAGGAAGAGGCCGAAAAGACACGAGCGGAGGCGCAGGCCAAGAAGAAAGCAGCCGAUGAGGAGAGAAAGGCUGCCGAGGCCAAGAAAAAAGAAGAGGCAGAAAAGGCACGAGCUGAUGCAGAGGCCAAGAGGAAGGCAGCCGAGGAGGAGAGAAAAGCCGCAGAGGCUAAGAAGAAGGAGGAGGCCGAAAAGGCACGCGCCGAGGCUGAGGCCAAGAAGAAGGCGGCAGAGGAGGAAAGAAAGGCUGCAGAAGCUAAGAAGAAGGAGGAAGCCGAAAAGGCACGAGCUGAGGCUGAAGCCAAGAGAAAGGCAGCAGAGGAGGAAAGAAAGGCUGCCGAGGCCAAGAAGAAGGAGGAAGCUGACAAGGCACGGGCUGAGGCGGAGGCCAAAAAGAAGGUAGCAGAGGAGGAAAGGAAGGCUGCAGAGGCUAAGAAAAAGGAGGAGGCCGAAAAGGCACGUGCCGAAGCGGAGGCCAAGAAGAAGGCGGCAGAGGAGGAAAGAAAGGCUGCAGAAGCUAAGAAGAAGGAGGAAGCUGAAAAGGCACGAGCUGAGGCUGAUGCUAAGAGAAAGGCGGCUGAGGAGGAAAGAAAGGCUGCCGAGGCCAAGAAGAAGGAGGAAGCUGACAAGGCACGCGCCAAGGCCGAGGCCAAGAAGAAAGCGGCCGAAGAGGAGAGAAAGGCUGCAGAGGCCAAGAAAAAGGAGGAGGCCGAAAAGGCACGAGCUGAGGCUGAAGCCAAGAAGAAGGCGGCAGAGGAGGAAAGAAAGGCUGCAGAAGCUAAGAAGAAGGAGGAGGCCGAGAAGGCACGGGCUGAGGCUGAGGCCAAGAAGAAGGCGGCAGAGGAGGAAAGAAAGGCUGCAGAGGCCAAGAAAAAGGAGGAGGCCGAAAAGGCACGAGCUGAGGCUGAAGCCAAGAAGAAGGCGGCAGAGGAGGAAAGAAAGGCUGCAGAAGCUAAGAAGAAGGAGGAAGCCGAAAAGGCACGAGCCGAGGCGGAGGCUCAGAAAAAGGCGGCAGAGGAGGAAAGAAAGGCUGCAGAGGCCAAGAAGAAGGAGGAGGCCGAGAAGGCACGGGCUGAGGCCGAGGCCAAGAAGAAAGCAGCCGAAGAGGAGAGAAAGGCUGCAGAGGCCAAGAAGGAGGAGGCCGAGAAGGCACGAGCCGAGGCCGAGGCCAAGAAGAAGGAGGCAGAGGAGGAAAGAAAGGCUGCAGAGGCUAAGAAGAAGGAGGAGGCUGAGAAGGCACGUGCCGAGGCGGAGGCCAAGAAGAAAGCAGCUGAGGAGGAGAGAAAGGCUGCUGAAGCCAAGAAGAAGGAAGAGGCCGAAAAGACACGAGCUGAGGCGGAGGCUCAGAAAAAGGCGGCAGAGGAGGAAAGAAAGGCUGCAGAGGCCAAGAAGAAGGAGGAGGCCGAGAAGGCACGGGCUGAGGCCGAGGCCAAGAAGAAAGCAGCCGAAGAGGAGAGAAAGGCUGCAGAUGCCAAGAAGAAGGAGGAGGCCGAGAAGGCACGAGCUGAGGCCGAGGCCAAGAAGAAGGAGGCAGAGGAGGAAAGAAAGGCUGCAGAAGCCAAGAAGAAGGAGGAGGCCGAGAAGGCACGGGCUGAGGCUGAGGCCAAGAAGAAGGCGGCAGAGGAGGAAAGAAAGGCUGCAGAGGCCAAGAAAAAGGAGGAGGCCGAAAAGGCACGAGCUGAGGCUGAAGCCAAGAAGAAGGAGGCAGAGGAGGAAAGAAAGGCUGCAGAGGCUAAGAAGAAGGAGGAAGCCGAAAAGGCACGAGCCGAGGCGGAGGCUCAGAAAAAGGCGGCAGAGGAGGAAAGAAAGGCUGCAGAGGCCAAGAAGAAGGAGGAAGCCGAGAAGGCGCGGGCUGAGGCCGAGGCCAAGAAGAAGGCAGCCGAAGAGGAGAGAAAGGCUGCAGAUGCCAAGAAGAAGGAGGAGGCGGAGAAGGCACGAGCAGAGGCCGAGGCCAAGAAGAAGGUAGCAGACGAGGAGAGAAAGGUAGCAGAGGCCAAGAAGAAGGAGGAGGCUGAAAAAGCUCGAGCGGAGGCCGCGGUGCAGAAGAAGGCUGCUGAGGAGGCGAAGAAGGCUGAGGAGGCCAAGAAGAAGGAGGAGGCGGAGAAGGCACGAGCAGAGGCCGAGGCCAAGAAGAAGGUAGCAGACGAGGAGAGAAAGGUAGCAGAGGCCAAGAAGAAGGAGGAGGCUGAAAAAGCUCGAGCGGAGGCCGAGGUGCAGAAGAAGGCUGCUGAGGAGGCGAAGAAGGCUGAGGAGGCCAAGAAGAAGGCAGAGGCAGAGAAGGCACGUGCUGAAGCAGAGGCCAAGAGGAAGGCACAGGAGGCGAAGCAAAAGGCAGACGCAGAGAAGGCCCGAGCUGAUGCUGAAGCUAAAAAGAAGGCGGAAGUGGAGGCGAAGAAGGCUGAAGAAGAAAAAAAGAAGGCAGAUGCCGAGGCAGCCAAGAAAGCAGCUGAACUGAAAGCAGAAGCAGAAAAGGCGAGUCAGUUUCCACACAAUUAUGCGGGGAGCGCAACUUGCGUUUGCUCAUGA